AUGAAGACGAAACGAGCGAAGAAGGCUCAGAAGAUACUCAAAUUCUUUCAUUUCAACUACAAAUUUAACGAGCCGUACAAUGUUGUCAUGGAUGGUACCUUCUUUCAAGCUGCCCACACCAAUAAGAUCAACUUGAGAGAACAAGUACCAAAGUACUUGGGGGCUCCCGCUGAGUUAUAUACGACUAAGUGUGUUCUUAAGGAGUUUGGUAAGCUAAUGAAUGAUUAUAUUAGGCAAAAUUUUAAAUUUGUUACCUAAAAUUCAAAAAGAUUGGCAUUUUUUUAUGAAAAACAAAAAAAUUUUUAAAAAUGCGAUAUUUAAUUUUUUAGAAGCCCUUGGAAAAGCGGUAGGAGGAGGUUACAAUGUGGCUAAGAAUUACGAAGUUCUCUACUGUCCUCAUGAUAAGCCUAAACAAGCGGCCAAAUGCAUAAAAUACUUGGCCAACAAGUCCAAAAAGCCAGGCCAACGCAAAUUAAUGGUCGCUUCACAAGACGAAGAACUACUAUUUGAAUUACGUGAUCUAGGGGGAAUACCGUUAAUUGGAAUCAAGUUUCAUACUGUAUUAUUGGAGCAGGUAUGGUAAUAUAAUUUUUUUAAAUUUCUGAUUAUUUAGCCCUCAAAAGCAAGCCUAAACACAGAAGGCGAGAAGCCGGUGGAGCUGGAGAGAGCACAAGAGCUGAAAAAACAAGUUUUGGGUGCUCCAGAAGUCAAGAAAAAGAAGAAGAAAAAGGGUGUGAAUCCGUUGGCGUGCCUAAAGAAGAAGUCCAAGCAUUUGGAGCAGAAGCCAAUACCUGUUGUCGAGAAGAAGAAGCCGGCUAGAAGGAGAAAGAAGACAAAAUCAACUGAAAAUGGCAAAACUUCGGGAGAAAACGAUCAAAAUUCGAAGGAAAAUAGUCAAAAAGUCGAUGGAAAUUCAUGA